CCAAUUGACUCAUUUGCUAUCUCUGUCAAACAUAAAAACAAUACUAUGUUUAGUCUUCAAAUCAAAAUCCUAGAAAAUACAUUUUAAAAUAAAAAAUUCUAUAAGCUGGACAUUCACGAGAUUGAAGAAAUUGCUGCAAUGGAACCAUCGGCUUGCGAAGAUCUAAAAUCAUUUGAGCGUCGUCUCACUGAAGUGGUUUCAUCAUAUAGGCCUUCAACAUUCCGUUGGCGCAUUAUAUUGUCAGCAAUGUCUGUUUGUACGGCUAUUAGUGCAUGGUACUGGCUAAGAGAUCCACGUACAACAGUCGUUCCACUAACCGAAUCCCUAUGGAUACAUCCAAUAUUCACAUUGGCCACUGUGACAUUAAUUGUUCUCUUCAUUAUUGGCAUCCAGAAACUAGUGAUUGCCCCACAGAUCAUCACAUCUAGGACACGCACCGUUCUGGGUGACUUUAAUAUGAGCUGUGAUGAUACGGGGAAAUUGAUAUUAAAACCACGCCAAAGCAAUAAUAACAGCACAUGAAGCCGCUGUGCGAGCAAAGACAAUCAAUCAAAUCAUAUAAUUUAAUAAUAAUUUCACCUGAUCCCCAAAAAAAACCUUCCCGUAAACCUUUCCACACCUUAUGAUUAUGUUAUUUCGGACACCCUAGUUUUUAUGCAGGAAAUCUACAUAGAUAUAUGAAUACAUAUAACGUACCUCCUUAAACAAAUUUGGUUAAAUUAUAUAGAAGCUCACUAUGUACAAACAAAACUAACAAUUGUUAAACAUGUUUUCAUUUUUGUUCAUUUGUUCCGUUUACUUAUGUUUUGUUAUGGGCACUCAAAUCUUUUGCUGCCAAAUCAACCCAAAAAACCAAAACCCAAUUUAAAUAAAUAACAUUCAAAUUAAAAUCUGCUCAAUUAGCACUAAAACAACUGUGGUCACCCACUCAGACGUUGUGUAACACCAACUGUUUUAAAGCCUAAUUAAAUUGCUCGCUUAUCGCUAACUAGGAAAUUAGCCAGCGCACCAACAGACGACGACAUCGAUACGUAAUCUCUCCCACUUUCUGUGUGUUUGGCCUGUAUAAAUACUGCCAAAUUGCUGACCCUAAGCAUCAGAAGUAUUUUGUACUCCAAUCAACAACAACACAAAACAAACAACAAACGAAAAGCCAUCAACAUGAAGUUCUAUCUCGUGUGCGCCCUUAUCCUGAGCAUCGCCUUCUUUGUGGCCACGGCAUCACCGAUCGCUGAAGAUCAAUUGCCAAUGCAAGGACAUUCUCAUCAUGACCAUCACAAUGUCGUACGCAGCCUGGGAGUUGACAUUACUGCCGGCGGUGCUACUUCCAACAAGGAUGGCGAGGUUGCUUGCUGUGGUUAGACAUUAUCGUCUAUCAAUACAACAUGCCUUAAGCAAAUUGGAGCCAAUGCCCGCCUCCAGUUCAUUUUACAUUUGUACAUUUGAAAUAAAGAAGCAAUAGUUGAAAAACCAAA